GCAUUAUUUCAUUAUCUCAUAAGUGAAAGCUGGUUGUUUGCAAAGAUCCACUGUAGCCAGCAUGUGUCACGAGCUGCACGGUGUGUCUUACCUGUUGCGGUGUUAACCAGUGAGAAUCUGUGAGACUGUACAGGUAGUGGAGGGUGCGGGGGCAGGAAGGAAGGGGCUGUGGGCAAAUCCCCAACAUGUCAGGGGACAGGACUUCGGGCGCUGGGGGGGUGAUGCGGAGCACGGCGGGGUGCGAGGGGGCGGAGCAAAGGGAGGACGAGCAGGAGGAUGAGGGAGACGAGGACUUGCGUGACGGAGGGGUGCCCUUCUAUGUGAACCGGGGAGGCCUGCCGGUAAACGAGGAGACCUGGGAGCGAAUGUGGCGGCACGUAGCCCGGAUUCACCCUGAGGGCGAGGCUGUUGGGCGGAGGAUCAGGGGAGCUACUGACCUGCCUAAGAUUCCGAUACCAAGCGUGCCUACGUACCAGCCAGCCACCACCACCCCGCUACGCCUGGAAGCCAUACAGAGAUACAUCAGGGACUUGCAGUACAAUCACACUGGAACACAGUUUUUCGAAAUCAAGAAGAGCAGGCCUCUUACUGCGCUGAUGGACAUUGCUAAGGAGAUGAUCCGGGAGUCUCUACCAAUCAAAUGUCUGGAGGCAGUGAUCCUGGGAAUUUACCUCACCAACAGCAUGCCAGGGGUGGAGCGCUUUCCCCUCAGCUUUAAGACGCAGUUCUCAGGGAACCACUUCCGGCACAUCGUCUUGGGGGUGCACAGCGGGGGCCGCUUCGGGGCACUGGGCAUCAGCCGGCGCGAGGACCUAAUGUACAAGCCGCUGGAGUUCCGCACGCUGGCUGACCUCGUCCAGGAGUUUGAGGGCGCCUACCGCGGCUACUGGCACACCAUGCGCAAGGUCAAGAUCGGCCAGUACGUGUCACACGACCCCCACAGCGUGGAGCAGAUUGAGUGGAAGCACUCCAUCCUGGAUGUGGACAAGCUCUCGAAAGAGGAGCUCCGACGGGAGCUGGAGAGACACACCCGCGACAUGAGGCUUAAGAUCAGCAAGGCCGCACCCCCAUCCCCAACCAAAGACAGGAAGAGGGAUGUUGGAUCGCCCCACCGAGGCCCGGCCAGCCCCCUGCGCAGGAACAGCCGCAGCGAGAGACGCCCAUCAGGCGAAAAGAAGGUGCUGGAGCCGAAACCCCCUGGGGACAUGAAUGGAUACCAGAUCCGAGUGUGAGGAUAGUCCCCCCGGGCCACCAGGCGAGCCAUUGAAGACCAGCGAACUUCUGCAGCGGGCUAUUCAUGGAGGGCGAGCUAACUGUGAGAUGUCUGCAGUGCAAACACAUCCUAACACUUGAUAAGCGAUGGUGACUUUUUAUUGAAAAAACAAGAUGAAGGCAAAACUGCUUUUUUUUAAUGACUCAUUAUUAACAAAG